UGGUUCAGCCCGGGGCAGGCGCUAGGAAUAAGCCCUGUCCCCUUUGAAGAGCCUCGGUUCAGGCUCGCCUCUUCCCUCCCACCGCCGCUGCGCACUGCUCGGUCCCGACUGGGCCCUCCCGCCGGGGCGGCUCCAGCGGCUCCGGCUCCCGCUCCACAAGUUCCUGCUGCCCGUGCCCCGGGCGCGCGCACGAGGCUGGCCCGGCCGUCGGGGGCGCCGGGCGGGAGCAGCGGGAGCGGCAGCAGGAGCGGUGCCGGGAGGGGCGGGAGGAGGGCUGUUGUGCGGGAGCCGCCGAUGCCGCUGUGAGAUGGCAUCAUUCUGCGCGGCGGCGGCGGCGGAGCGCGGCGCGGAGGGGUGAGGAGGCGCCGCGGCGGCGAGGAAGCGGAGAAGAAGAAGAAGAGAAAGGUGGAAGGAAGGAGAAGGAGGCGGCAGCAGCUGUGAGGCUGCGAGCCACGGCUGAAGCCUAAACCUCUGACAUGGCCACAGCCUCACCAAGAUCUGAUACAAGUCACAACUGUAAUGGAAGAUUACAGAUGCAAGUAACAGUUUCUAGUGCCAAACUGAAACGGAAAAAGAAUUGGUUUGGAACAACUUUCUACACGGAAUUAACCGCAGAUGGAGAAAUUAAGAAAACAGCAAAAUCAAGUAGUUCUUCAAAUCCCAAAUGGGAUGAGCAGCUGACAGUGCAUGUGACUCCACAGACUACGCUGGAAUUUAGAGUGUGGAGCCAUCACACUUUAAAAGCAGAUGCUUUAUUAGGAAGAGCCACUGUAGACUUGAGACAAGCUUUGGAAGUACACAAUAGAAAAUUGGAGAAGGUGAAAGAACAAUUGAAACUUUCUUUGGAAAACAAGAGUGGCAUGGUGCAAACAGGUGAACUGACUGUUGUGCUAGAUGGUUUGGUUGUUGAGCAAGAAUCUCUUACAAAUCUCAGUUCAUCAGCAACCAUAGAAGUUCAGCAAAAUGGCGAGGCUGUACAUGAAAGCAGAGAUACUUCAGCAAGAAGUUCAUCCAGAUCUGCUUGUGACAUUUCUAAUGGGAUAGACAAUCAAGUACCUUCCAGCUCUGUAAUACAAAAUACGUUCUGUGUAGAAGCUGUUAAUGGAGACAGCACACCAUCUCCUAAUCAUGUUGCAGCCAGACCCAAAAAUACACCAGUACCAAAACCACUCGAAGCUCAGCCUGUCGACAGCACUGUUAAUGGCGAGUCAUCUGCCUCUGCACCCGAAGCUGGCGAUUCCUCUGUCUCCGAGGCUCCGACGGGUUCAGCCGAAGCUCCUGUGUCUUCAGCAGAUUGCACUAAUGAUACAGCAGAACCUCAGUCAGCAACAGAAGAAACUAGUUGUUCUGAAAGCCACACUUCUGCAUUACCUGUUGUGUCUGCUGGACUAGAACCUGCAGCUGCAACAGAGUGUGCUCAGCCUAAUGCUCGAAACAGCACAGCAGCAGAUGCGGCAAAGCCGAGGGAAUCCUCCUCCACGCCCAGUGCGUCUGCAGAACCCGUAAGACAGCAGCCUGGUAGUGUCAGUACAGAACCUUUGCCACCUGGGUGGGAGCAAAGAAAGGAUCCUCAUGGUAGAACCUAUUAUGUUGAUCACAACACACGAACUACAACAUGGGAAAGACCACAGCCCUUACCUCCUGGCUGGGAAAGGAGAGUUGAUGAUCGUGGGAGAGUUUACUAUGUGGACCACAACACCAGAACGACAACGUGGCAGCGACCAACAAUGGAGUCAGUGAGAAACUUUGAGCAAUGGCAAUCGCAACGGAAUCAACUGCAGGGAGCUAUGCAACAAUUCAACCAACGAUACCUCUAUUCGGCUUCGAUGUUGUCAGCAGAAAAUGAUCCACUUGGGCCUUUACCACCAGGCUGGGAAAGAAGAGUGGAUUCAAAUGAUAGGGUGUAUUUUGUAAAUCAUAACACAAAGACAACACAGUGGGAGGACCCUCGAACUCAAGGUUUACAAAAUGAGGACCCUCUUCCAGAGGGCUGGGAAAUCAGAUAUACCAGAGAAGGUGUCAGAUACUUUGUUGAUCACAAUACGAGAACCACCACCUUCAAUGAUCCUCGUACUGGGAAAUCUUCUGUAAAUAAAGGGCCACAGAUUGCUUACGAGCGUAGCUUUAGGUGGAAACUUGCUCAUUUCCGUUACUUGUGUCAGUCCAAUGCACUGCCAAGUCAUGUGAAAAUCAAUGUAUCCAGACAGACUUUGUUUGAGGAUUCCUUCCAGCAAAUUAUGGCAUUAAAGCCCUAUGAUUUGAGGAGAAGAUUAUAUGUUAUAUUUAGAGGAGAAGAAGGAUUGGAUUAUGGUGGCUUGGCAAGAGAAUGGUUUUUCUUGCUUUCCCAUGAAGUACUGAACCCUAUGUACUGCCUAUUUGAAUAUGCUGGCAAGAGCAACUAUUGCCUGCAGAUAAAUCCAGCAUCAACAAUCAAUCCUGACCAUCUUUCAUAUUUCUGUUUCAUUGGGCGCUUUAUUGCCAUGGCGUUGUUUCAUGGGAAAUUUAUUGACACUGGUUUUUCUCUGCCUUUCUACAAACGAAUGCUGAGCAAAAAGCUUACUAUUAAAGACCUGGAAUCUAUUGAUACUGAAUUUUACAACUCCCUAAUUUGGAUAAGGGAUAAUAAUAUUGAGGAGUGUAACUUGGAAAUGUACUUCUGUGUGGAUAUGGAGCUCUUAGGGAAAGUAACCUCACAUGAACUGAAAUCAGGAGGUUCAAAUAUCUUGGUAACUGAGGAAAACAAAGAAGAAUAUAUUGGGCUAAUGGCAGAGUGGCGAUUUUCUCGGGGAGUUAGAGAACAAACCAAAGCUUUUCUUGAUGGUUUUAAUGAAGUAGUUCCUCUACAAUGGCUACAUUAUUUUGAUGAAAAGGAGCUGGAGGUUAUGCUCUGUGGUAUGCAAGAAGUAGAUUUAGCAGACUGGCAGAGGAACACUGUUUAUCGUCAUUACACGAGGAAUAGCAAGCAGAUCAUAUGGUUCUGGCAGUUUGUAAAAGAAACAGACAACGAGGUUCGCAUGCGACUUCUGCAGUUUGUCACUGGGACUUGCAGAUUACCACUGGGUGGAUUUGCUGAACUUAUGGGAAGUAAUGGUCCUCAGAAAUUCUGCAUUGAAAAAGUUGGUAAGGAAACCUGGUUACCAAGAAGUCACACUUGUUUUAAUCGUUUGGAUUUGCCACCAUAUAAAAGCUACGAACAACUAAAGGAAAAGUUGCUCUUUGCCAUUGAAGAAACGGAGGGAUUUGGACAAGAGUAGAAGUGACUUCUAGACAAAAAGGAUAUCUUGAAUAAUAAAAGGCCCAGCCAACUAAAAUUGCACACUUAAUUGUAUAUAAGCUUUUUGUUCUGUACAGUGAUCUUUCUGGAACUCUAAAAGUUUAAUUGUUCUCCGUUCUUCCACAAAUAUAUGCAAAACAGUUCAGCCUUUUCUACUUUUAUUUAUUGCCCUUUCAAAAGACCAGAAAAACCCCUCCAUAAAUUUUGAAAGCAGACAAGAGACUUAUUUAAAAUAUAUAUAUAUAAAAAUAUAAAUAUAUAUACUAAUGGGCUCUAGUUUUAUAGAGCUUUAAGUGUAUGAAAAGUUGCAGCCAUUUAAAAGGGCCUGGAUUUGCUUUAUCUUGGCUUUAUCAUUCAGAAAAAUGUUUAAACUGCUCAGUGUUCUCUAAAGAAACAUCUCCAAGUUUGUUUUACUGCAUGGCUGUUCUAAAAGGUGUUAAAGGCUUAGGCCAAACGUAUCCUAAAUAUGUAGAAAGAUGCUGCUGGUAUUUGAGACUACAGAAUCUGUUCUUCUGUCAGUUUAAUUUUUUUAAAUACAUAAAUAGCUGAUAUAUCCCUCUCUACUGAUGUAGCCAAGGUCAUGAAUAAAGCCUUUACUACUUGCACAAGUCAUGUACAAUGAGAUGAAUGUGAUUUAAUGUUGAAAGGAAUUGGUGCCACUGUUCUGACUUACUGCAGGAGCUGAACAGAGUAUUUUAAUUCAUUUGAGCAGCAUUGAAAUUUGUUUACAUAGUACCUUGGCUUAUUAACACGAGGAUGUUAGGUAAUCUUCAAAGAAAAAAUAAUAAAAAAGAAAAUAUUA